AUGUCGUCCGCUCCGAUCCCCCAAUCCGAGCCUCUGGCCAUUAUAGGCCUUGCAUGCAAGUACGCCAAUGGGAUUGACUCCCCAGAGGCACUUUACGAGCAGGUCAUGGCUGCCAGGUGCAUGCAUGGCGCAAUGCCGUCCAACCGUAUGGACGCCUCCUUCUACUAUCAUCCUACGUCUGAGGCAACCGGCACCAGUUACUCGAAGGGUGGCUAUUUCCUGAACUGUGAUCUGAAUGCAUUUGAUUCCCCCUUUUUUCAGCUGUCGGAGAUCGACGUCAUGGCUAUGGAUCCGCAGCAAAAGAUGCUUUUGGAGAACGUGUAUCACGCCCUCGAGAAUGCUGGUAUUCCGUUGAAGAAUGCGAUAUCAUCACCCACAUCUGUCUUCGUCGGAUGUUCCAACAAUGACCACCUCGCGCUAGCCAACUCUGACCUUCUACUGUCCCUUAAGGGCAAAGGCACCGGAACAAGCCCGUCCAUCCUGGCAAACCGCGUCAGCUGGUUCUAUGACUUCCAAGGGACCAGCCAAACAAUCGAUACAGCCUGCUCAAGUAGUUUGGUUGCCUUUCAUCAGGGCUGUAUGGACGUUCGUGCCGGGAAGUCCGCCAUGUCAAUCAUUAGCGGUAUUAAUCUCAUCGAGCACCCCGGGCCGACGUUGUACCUUUCCAGUCUUGGGGUCCUCUCUCCAGAUGGCAAAAGUAUGAGUUUCGAUGCCCGCGCCAACGGCUACGGGCGAGGCGAAGGCGUCGGAACCGUCAUCGUUAAACCCCUUCAAGCCGCCCUUCGCGAUGGCAAUCGCAUCCGGGCUAUUGUUCGCAGUACGGGCUCAAACCAAGACGGUCGGACUCCCGGAAUUACCGUGCCUAACCCCUCGGCCCAAGAACGGCUCAUCCACGAUGUCUAUCGAGUGGCGGACCUGGAUCCGAGACGCACUGGGUACGUGGAAGCUCACGGUACGGGUACGCAGGUGGGCGAUCCCCUGGAAGUGCAGGCUAUUUUAGCUGCAUUAGGUGUUGCCCGCGAUUCGCCCCUCUAUGUUGGAUCGGUAAAAUCCGUGCUGGGACACUUGGAAGGUGGCGCAGGACUGGCGGGGCUGAUCUCAGCCACACUGGCUGUAGAGUCGAAGAUGAUACCCCCAGUGGCAGGCUUGCAGAGCUUGAACCCCAAGAUUCCUCAACGCGAUGACCUGAAAUUUGCAAGAGAGGCAACCCCUUGGCCGCGAUGGGAUGUCAGGCGAGCUUCCAUCAACUCGUUCGGAUUUGGCGGCACAAAUGCACAUGCUGUGGUGGAGGACGUGGAGGGGUUCUUCGCGGAUCUUUUUGGUCAGUAUAUCCCUGGAGCAUUGCCCGCGCCUGAAGUCGAUACUAGCUUGGAAACCACCCCAAUGCUGUCAAAGCCUCUUAUGUCUGGCAAUGCUUCCAAUCAGUCCGUCCAGUCCUGGUCAACAAGCCGGCUUUUCGUGAUAUCGGCUUUUGAUGAAGCGGGAAUCCAGCGGAAUACAUCUGCAUUGGCAGAGUAUCUAGAUUCCAAGAGCACUACAGCGGAUACAGAUGGAGAGGAUCGGUUGCUCAACAAUCUGUGCCACACGUUGAAUGAGAAGCGCACCCGGUUCGACUGGCGCAGCUACCAUGUGGCAGACAGCAUCGCCAGUCUCCGCGAGUCCUUGCAGCAUUCGCGGGCUAUCCGCCAGUCAUCUGCUCCCAAGCCCAUCCGGUUUGUCUUCACCGGACAGGGAGCUAAUUGGGCAGGCAUGGCGUGUGACAUGCUGAAAUAUCCGCUUUUCCGGCGGAGAAUACAGGAGGCCGCAGCGUACUUGAGGGAGCUGGGCAGUGGCUGGGAUUUAUUUGAACGGAUGACCUCUAAAGCAGGGGAGUUGGAUGAGCCCACCUUCGCGCAGUCCUCCUGUGUUGCCGUGCAAGUCGCUCUGGUGGACCUUCUUGCCAGCUGGAAAGUCGUGCCUGAAACGGUGGUGGGACAUUCUUCGGGCGAAAUAGCUGCGGCAUAUUGCGCAGGACAUAUCUCUCGGCAGGCAGCAUGGAAAGUAGCCUUCUGUCGAGGCAAAGUGUGUGCUCGACGAACAGACGGGCAGGGUCGCAUGCUCGCAGCUGCCAUGCCAGUCCAUCAACUGGAGCGAGUGGUGGCCCGCGUCAACAAGGGUCAACCGACAUCUGUCAAGAUUGGUUGUUACAAUAGCCCGAGAAAUCUGACCCUGACAGGUCGAUAUGAUGAUAUCCUCCGGCUCAAGCUGGAGCUUGAUGAUGUUGGCGCCCUGAAUCGCAUGCUUCCCGUCAAAGUCGCCUAUCAUUCAGAUUACAUGCAAGACGCUGCACCGGAGUACUUGAGCUUACUGGGUGAAAUCUUGGAUGGGGGUGAUACCAUUCAUAAGGAUGCCUCCAUCCAGAUGAUCUCGUCGGUGACGGGACAGCCAGUGCCCGCUGGAGACGUUCAGCAGGCUUCGUACUGGGUAAAAAACCUCGUCUCCCCAGUUCGGUUUUGCACUGCCCUUCUGGCAUCCAUGGAGUUUCCUGGAACGACAGGCAAACGAGAGGAUACACUCAUCGAAAUUGGCCCACACUCAACGCUGCGGAGUGCAAUCAAGGAAUCAUUCGCCGAAGUGCCCGAAUACCAGUCCGUUCAGUACGGCAGUCUGCUAAAACGUUACGAGACGAACGGAUCUACAAUCUUGCACACGCUUGGAAUGAUGUUCUGCUCCGGUCAUGAGAUCAGUUUGGCCGCCAUCAACGACCGUCGCGUUGGAACGCGGAAGAUUCCCAUGUUACUGACGGGCCUGCCUGGCUAUGCGUUUGAUCACUCCAGAUCAGUGCGUGGGACUUCGCGUCGGAUUGAGCAGGUCAAGUUUCCGACAUACAACCGACAUGAGUUGCUUGGAGUACCGGUCGAAGACAGCAACCCCUAUGAGCAACGAUGGCGGAAUGUCCUCAGGCCAGAUGAUCUGCCUUGGCUACGCAUGAACCGAAUGAAAGGGCAAAUCCAUUUCCCGGGGGUGGCAUAUAUAUUGAUGGCUACCGAGGCUCUGCAACAACGUGUCGCACGGACGAUGACCAUCCCCAGGGUAAGGAUAGCGAAUAUGUCGAUCCUGGCUCCUUUACAGGUGCCGGAUAGCCCUUCUGGCGUGGAGAUACAGGUCUCUAUCUACCCAACGAAUGUGCGCGCCAACGGGGCGACCGAUUGGGCAACGUUCCGGAUCAUCUCCUAUGACACUGCGGAGAAGACCUGGGUUGAGCAUUGUGUUGGCUCGGUUCGAGCUGAAACCGGACCACCUGAUCUAUGUGUGAACACUGCGCUGCGAAAGCAGUGCGCCGAGCCAGUGGACAUCGCACAGAUGUAUCACGGUUUUACAGCGGCUGGCAUGGACUUUGGGGAAAACCUGAGGAAUAUCCAGGCCAUGAAGGUGUCGCCCGACCGCACAGCCUGCACAGCGACCAUCACAGCCCCUAGCAUAGCUCCCCAGGCCCACGAUCAGUACCCCUUACAUCCUUGCUCCUUUGAAAGCAUUCUACACGCCCUACUUUAUCUAUGCGAGGCUUCACAGAGUCCCAUGGUGACCAACUACAUCGAAGAGGUGGUGAUCGUUAACCCCAAUGACACGGGAGCCCGUGAAUUCGAGUCAUUUGCAAGAAGGCAGCGUACGUCAGCAACGACGUGGACGUGCGAUGUGAGUAUCACCACAAACGUCGGGGACCAAGACAUUCAGAUCAAAGGCCUCGAUCUGGUGCAGCUACCUGCGAACAACGAUGAUGCGGUGGAUGCGGAGUCGUUCUACACCGUCAACUGGAGACCAGAUGUCAAGCUCCUCGCCUCUGCAGACGCGCUGCACAACUCUGCCCCGGUAGACGCGGCACAGCACUUGCCCACGUUUGAUGAGCACGAGGGAUACCAGCUAGCCUCGGCGAUAUUCCUACAGGAGGCAAAAGAGUAUGUAACCCGAACGGGGCUGCCACCACUCCCAACUCAUCACCAGGCUUUCAUGGACUGGAUGGAAGAGGAAUACCAAUCCAUCAACAAUGGCACGACUCCCUUACUUGACAAGUCCCUGCUGGAUGGCAUCCGGGCCGAUCCAGAUCGCCGAAAAUCUCUGCUCGAUCGAGUAGCGCGGCAGAGUGCCCGAGGAGAGCUGCUGGUGCGCGUGGGCACCCGCAUGAUAGAUAUCUUGGAGCAGAAGAUUGACUGUCUGGAAGUCAUGUUCGGCCCAGACAAUCUCAUGGAGCGGACGUAUGAAGAGGGCCUUCCAGGACAAAUUGCUCCCGCGGUGGCCGGGUACCUGCAUUGUCUGGCCCACGCCCAGACCGGCAUCAAAAUCCUGGAAGUCGGUGCUGGCACAGGCAGUGCAACCAAGGUCAUGCUCGACAGUUUGAGGCCGACCGAGGCACAAGAUGGCGGGGGGUUGGUGUCCUCUGUCUCGUCCUACGACUUCACCGACAUCUCCGCCGCAUUCUUCGAGAAAGCCCGCGCGCGAUUCCACGACUGGGCAGAUAUCCUGCGUCCCAAACUGUUGAACAUCGAGCAGGAUCCCGCCGCACAGGGCUUCGAACUGGGCUCAUACGAUCUCGUAAUUGCUACGCAUGUCCUUCAUGCCACUGCCGACCUGAAUGUCAGCUUAAAGAACAUCCGAGCAUUACUGAAAGAAGGCGGUGACCUUAUCGUGAUAGAAAACAUCCAACCCAAGUUCAUGUGCUCCCAACUGCCUUUCGGCCUCUUACCCGGCUGGUGGCGCAGCGUGGAGCCUUACCGGAAGACCAAUCCCCUCAUCCUUAAGGAGCACUGGACCGAGGAGCUACAGAAUGCUGGUCUGCGGCCCAGACUAAUUAUCAAUGAUACCGACGAUGGGAUCAACGAAAUGUCAGCUUUUGUGGCUUCGCCCAUGCCGAAGGUUCUAGAUGGAUCCCAACCGUGCAGUAUCAUCUACUCAUCUACCUAUCCGGGACAACAACAGCUCGCAUUGGAAGUCGCUGACCGGCUGCCGCGAUCCUGUACUGCUGCCGUGGUCGACCUUGCAGAUAUCUCCCUCGACCAUUCAGACACAGUUGGUAUCGUACUGGUUGGGUGCCAGGGCCUUGAUCUAUCGGAGCUGACCUCCAGCGAGUACGACAGGGUUAAGUUUAUCCUCACGUCGUUCCAGAAGCUACUGUGGGUCACGUGUGAUCCAACUGACGUCCCCAAAUCUGCGCUGGCAACUGGGCUCGUUCGAAGUACGCGAUGGGAGCGGGAGCAUGAUAAUGUUAAUAUCAUAUUGCUGUCAGUAUCGCUAUCGCGGCCUACUCCACUGACCAUCUCCUCCGAGAUUGUUCGUCUUUGCGAAAACGCGUUCAUCUCCUGCAAGCGAGUGCCGCCGAACUCGGAAUAUCGCAUCGAGGGGAGCAACGGUGUCCUGCUCACCAACCGCCUGUUCCCAGCGGCGGGAAUUAAUGAGUGUAUCGGUUUGGGCUCGCGACCCCGGUCUCGACAGGUACCUCUCGGUACGGUCGACCACCCCAUCAAGCUGACUUCUAUCGGAUCUCAGCAACCAAACGGAUUUCACUUCAUCGAAGACCCGCAGGCGCACGAACCUCUGGACCCUGACGAGGUAAAAAUUCGGAUCCAUGCCGCCGGGCUGGAUGAGGAGGACGCAGACCAACUGAGCCGACUCAUUCCCGGUCAUGGUUUCGGUGAUCAGGGAUCAGGGACCGUUGUGGAGAUCGGCCAUGGGGUGCAGGGAAUCCAGGUCGGUGAUCAAGUGAUGGCUUUGCGUACGGGACCAAGUUGUGCCCUACAAACCUUCUUCCGCACCCAUUCAGCCACUGUGGCCAAGAUCCCCGAUGGGAUUCGACUGUCGGAUGCAGCGGCACUACCCCUGCCAUGGGUGACGGCGUACCAUAGCCUGGUGACCGUGGCUCGUUUGGACUCGCAAGAGAAGGUCCUGAUCCAUCCCGCGAUCGGUGCCACUGGUCAGGCUGCCGUGCAAGUCGCCAGUAUGCUCGGAGCCACAGUCUACGCGACAGUGGAGACUGAUGCACAGCGGCAGACACUAGCGGAGUACGGGGUAGAGGAGAGCCACAUCCUUGACAGUGCUUCUGUUGAGAAGCAGUUCGGCACGCAGACGAGCACACAGGGUGUAGAUGUGUUGCUCAACCUCCGCCGCGAUGGCCUAGAAUUUCUACACCUGUCAUGCCUCUCGCCGUUUGGCCGUCUAGUGGAUAUUUCAGGUUCACGGGCCUUCCCCUCGCAAGUCAACUCGCCGAGCAACCAGUCCUACUAUAGAGUGAACAUGCGGGAACUGUCACAGUUGAAACCAGAAUCCAUUCGACAAACUCUACGCACUGUCGCCCAACUCCUCGCCAGUCCCACCAUUCGGCCUGUCGCCCCUUUCCGAGUCGGAUACUCGCAACUCCAAAGGGUCCUGUCCGAGAUUCGACGAGGGAGCCGUGGCCCCUGGGUCAUCCAGCCACUCCCCAAUGACCCCAUUCCACCACUGGGCAGUCACCAAUUCGACCCCAGUGCGUCAUACCUUCUCAUUGGAGGGUUUGGGGGCCUCGGACGGAGUGUAGCUCGGUGGAUGCAUCACCGGGGCGCAAAGCACUUCAUCUUCUUCUCGCGGUCUGGAGCCAGCAGUGCGGCGGCUCGGGAGUUGUGUGCCGAUCUGCGGGCCGCGGGAUGCGCAGUGUCCGACAUGAUUUGUGAUACUACCGAUGCACAGGCCGUUGCGAAAGCUAUGGCGCAGUGUGAGGCGUCCAUGCCUCCCAUUCGGGGCUGUCUCCAGGCAUCCAUGGUUCUUGAGGAUUCGAUGCUUUCCAAUAUGGACCACACUCGCUUCCUGGGGGCUAUCACACCCAAGGUGCAGGGCACCAUCAACGUGGCCUCUGCCCUGGCCCCCAUCAAGUCCAAUCUGGAUUUCUUUGUCAUGCUGUCCUCCUCGGCGGGGAUCGUUGGCAACCGCGGCCAGGCCAACUAUGCGGCCGCCAACACCUUUCUGGAUGCCUUUGCGGGUCAACUAGUGACCCAGGGCUACCCGGCCACCUCUGUCAGUCUGGGCAGCGUGCUGAGUGUGGGUUGGGUGGCGGAGAAUCAGCAUAAACUCCGCAUCGCGUUCGCCUUCGGGGCCCUUUCAGAAGACCUUCUACUCUCUAUCUUGGAAUAUCAUAUGGACCCUGCCUGGGGGGCGGCGCAGAGCAUCCAGACCUGCCACACAGUGGUCGGAGUACGAUCUGCGCGGGAUUUUCAACGCCAGUCCAUCCCUCUGCCCGGAUUCAUGGCCCAUCCGUUAUUCUCCCCGCUUCUGGCCAUUGCAGGCAGGUCCCAAACGGCCGAACAAGCGGCCGAGGCUCCGGUUUCGCAAGGGUUACGCGAGGCAUCAUCCAUGGAGGCGGCGGUAGAGGUCGUGACGCGAGCCAUCGUCCACAAACUGGCGCGCAUUAUGGCUCUGUCGGUGCAGGAGAUUGAUCCCCAGCGGAUCGGGGGAGCUGUUGGGGGAGAUGGCCAUGACCCAGUUGGCCCAGCAGGCGGCAGAUGCGUCGCAAUUCUUGCCGGCGGAGCUCCGGGGAAAACUAAGAAAAAAUACUGA